AUGUGGUUCGCACGUCUCUCCCCCACCGAGCCACAGGCAAUAAACGUAGAAAAUAAAAACACAAAUCCGUCUCGCAACAGCCCACGAAGGGUCUGGAAGGGCAGGUGGAGGGGAGAGAGGAGGGAGUUGGCAAUACCUAUGCUGUGUCCCACUUCGCCCUUCGCAUGGAACUGGUUUGUUCCUGCCCCACUACCCUUCAAGACCUGCCCGAUCUUGAAGGCUGGCGAGCACAUCCCAACUGGCAGUGGCAGUGUGGUAUUGCAAAACGUAUCUGGAAGCGGGAGGACAGCGCGAGACCCCGAUACUCGCCGAACUGCCAUUAUUUCAAUAUGCAAUCGGGUCAUGGCAGCUCACUAUUGGCAACACACUUUAAUCGCUCUCUCUGCCAUUUUUAUUUCAAAAUAA